AUGGCAACAUCCAGCUUCUUCAGUAAAGUGCUUGAUGUUUUGAACAUAUCUUCAAGAUUCUCACUCAGGUACUUCAAGCUUCAACUAAUUGCAUGGCAACAGUAUGUUCAAGGUUCAAUCUUCACCCUUCCUGCUGCCAAAAUGUCAUGUGCACUUGGAUCUGAUGGCAAACUGAAAGAUGCUAGCGCUAUUGACUGGUACAAUGACCCUGAUGAUGACACUCCCAUGGUUCCUGCACCUCCGCCUUCUACAUCCAAUGGGAAGCUGACUUCCUUCAUGUCUUGUCACUCUGGUCGAGCUGUUAAACUGAUGGAGAAAAUCCAUGAAGCUGUCAACACAGCUCCAGUGAAACGAUCAGCUCCAGCACCUCCUCAAGACCAGCCUGCACCCAAGCGAGUGCAAACUGGCUCCCAUCUGAUCCGUCACCAUGAUGAUGACAAUGAUGAUGAACCCCCUGUUACAACCACAUAUGCCCCUAUUCAUUUUCUCUUUCUUACUGUGUAUUAUGUCACAAGCUGCAUGAUGCUGCCGCUAGACUUACCUCUGACUCAUACCUUGUAUUACAUCACAAUCGCUGUUGCCAUUGCUAGAUGA